GUCAGCGAGAGCGUACCACCGCUGAAUGAGGAAACGUCUUUUAUUUAGCGGACACAAUAAUGGCAGCUAAUCGACGACGCCGUCCUUCUCUACGCGGCCCAGUCGGUGUCGGAGGUUCCCCCACUCCUGAGCCUUCGCUGUGAAGCCGCCGUCUUCUUCCAGUUGCUUCGCCGGCCUUCCUGCUCACCCACAAUGCACUGCCAGAGGGUCCCGUGCGCGUCGGACAGACUGAUGUAACCGCCGCCACCGCUUCCGUCUUGAGCGCUUCUACCACAGCGUACGUACAGUGAGGUCCUGUCCCCGGUUGUUCUCGUUCAGUUAUCUUACGGCGAUCAUGUCCGGCUCAGGCGAUUUACCAGCCAUCGAGGGUUCAGGGAUGGGCGGGAUGAAGCUUCCCAUCGGGAUGACCCGGCGAGCCAUCAGCUAUGACGACAACCUGGAGGCGCCCAUGUCCACGCCCCCUCAUGACAUCAGCAUCAACAACCUGUGGAGACGACCCGUCAUACCGGAGAGGAAGUUCAUGCAGCUGGCUGAGGAGGACGAGAGCGGUGCAGUGAGGCACUCUGCGGCGCAGGACAGCGCCCUCCUGAGGCCACGGGGCGUCGUGAAAACCAAAGCCUCGUCCAUCAUCAUGAAUUCCCUCAUCACCAAGCAAACUCAGGACAGUGUGUACAAGUUUGAGCAGAGGGCGGGGCUUACUGACACCAGCUACACGCCCCACAAAGGCCUCACCGCCGAGGAGACGAGACACCACCACCGCGUGCCCGAGUCUCUCCAGAAACUGCAGAUCCAGAGCAUGGAGACCCGAGAAGAGCGGCCGAGCUCGUCCGCCCAGUCCACGCCGUCCAGCACGCCGCACAGCUCGCCGAAACAACAACGCAGGACCUGGUUCAGCAGCACGGGGUCGGACGUCGGCAUGAGCUCCUCCAGCAGCAGCAGCCUGGACAUGGGAGGAGCGGACGCGGGGGCCGGCGCGGUCGAGAAGUGGAGCGUGUUCAAUCCCCGGCCGCUCGUCCACAAGUCGACCUCUGACCUGGGAUCGGACGCAACAGGUGCAGCAGGCUUUGCGCUGCAGGCGUACCGCGGCGCCCAGAAGCCGACCCCGAUGGAGGUGAUGAAGUCGCAGGCCGCGCGGCUCAACGACGGCGUCGACGCCCAGAGGAUGGCCCCUCCCAAAAUGGAGAUCCCCACGGUGGAGGGCCGGCGCCAGGGGGCGCGGCCGCACAAGCUCAAACCCAGAGACAUGAACGUCCUCACGCCGUCGGGUUUCUGAGCGGGGCGCGGCGCCGCGGGUCACCCCGCGUAUACUCGUGCAACGCGUCCGUGCAUUUCACUCAUUCUUACCUCAGCGACGUGUCAGAAGAACCCGUCCCUUAGCUCUGCUUCAGCGGCAAAAACAACGGCAAACACUUUAUUCACAAUAACGAAACUUAAACUCACUACAGAGGAGGAGAGUGGACAUGAGUUAAGAGUCAGGAAGUGACUCCCUAUCACUUUUUCUUGUCCAAUAAGAGCUCCAGACGUCACGUGACGCAGUCUGACUCGCAGCAUUAAAGGGGAAACUUAAGGGUAACGCGCCCCUUACUUUAUCAGGUAGAAUAAAUGUUUUCUCUAAGAAUACAGUAAGACCAGGAGCGGACCAUGCGUUGGACUGCUUUCAAACCACUAACACAAGAUAUGUUUCCCCUUAAGUUUCCCCCUUAACUCCCAACCAGGUCGCUGGAAAUCUGGGAGCCCCUCAACGUCAGCGUCUGUGGCUCUUCGCUGAUCCACCAAAAGACCGCGUUUCCACCGAGCAGAGCGGCUCAGUUCAGUUCUGUACAUUUUUGUUUUUUUUUGUGUGUUUUCCAUUAGUAAUAGAACCCUAAUAACCCGCCCAUAUGUGCAUACAUUUAUAUUAUCUGCUGAUAGAUAUUCCGCUUUGCUCCGUUACAUCCACGUUGGCUGAACUCUGCCGUCAAACGUUUUUACUUUUCUUUUGGUGGUUUUGAAAUCAUUCCCUUUUUAAAUGCACUUUAUCCUCGCGCUGAUCCCCCACAGACGCCCGUCCACAUGGAAGUAUAUAAUAAUAAUAAUAAUAAUAAUAAUAAUAAUGUCAUAAAUGUCUCUAGAAGCGUCUGGUUUUUGUUCUUAAAGGUUCGUUUCACUGAUGCCGAGUCGACGGAAUCACAGAAACCAAUUCCUUACAUGUGAAAUCAGAACAAUGCUAUAAUUAGUUCCAUGUAUUUAAUAUUUUUGUCUUUAAAUCCUCGACUGAAGCGAAAGUUUAAAUAAUAACAAGCCGUUUCAUGAGUUCAGAAUCGUCUUUGAACACUCCAGUGUUUUUAAAUGCGACGUUUCCUCGAGACGACGGUUCAUAGAGCUUGAAAAAGAAAGGCACUGCCUCUUAUUUGUCGGCGUAUUAACGUGAGUAAGUUUGUCGCGGUUCGAUGUCGUGUGAUGUCGUGUGUUUCUGAUCUGUUACGUUUUGUUACAUUGGUUCGUCGUGUGAAAGUGCGUCGCCCUUUAAACCUCUGACUGAAUUUAUGUUUAUGUCGUGUUCCGCAGCCUCUCUCAUUUAUUUCAUUUAGCUUCCUUCUGUUUAGAGUUUUUCAAAAUAAAUGUCACAGUCUCAUCGCAA